AUGGUCUCCGACUGCCGGCCUGCCUCACCACAUUACGACCAAGGACGACAACCAGCUCGAGCUUCACGUGAAAGAGGAGACACGCACGAGGGCGACAUAUCCAGCCAGCAAUCGUCGCAAACGAGGCGCGACAAUUACCCCUUUGCGCCGCGCAGGAUGAGCGGGCUGGCAGGCUCUCACACGGGUGGGCAACUUUACGUGCGCGCAUUAUACGACUACGAUGCGGAUGAUAGGACAUCUCUUUCAUUUCGGAGUGGAGACAUUAUCCAGGUCAUCACUCAACUGGAGAGCGGCUGGUGGGAUGGCGUGAUCCACGGCGUCAGAGGAUGGUUCCCAAGCAACUACUGCGCGGUGGUGGCACCUCCAUACGAAGAUGGCAUGGACAACACAAUACGAGGCGAUUCCGAAGCAGAAGAGUCAGAGGAAGAGUACGUCGAGCAGGAGGCAGAGCAUCCCGCGAAUCGCGUGUCGGACAACAACGAGACUGCGACUGUGAACCAAGAGGAAGCGGCGUUCUGGAUACCUCAGGCUACACCAGAUGGCAGGCUGUUCUACUUCAACACUCUCACCGGCGAGAGCACAAUGGAGCUACCCCUCGAAGCACCCACGUCUGCGAAUGAGACUGGACCGAGAGAUCGCACCAAUAUAUUCAUCCCGGACCAGACUAGACCGCCCGCAGACUUCAUGUCAUCUGGCUAUGAGCGCGACGAUGAUACCGAUUAUGCUUCCGCGUCAGAAGCUGAAGACGCGUCCCUCACACAAGGAUCAAAGGCCUCGAGCCAUCGACGCAGGCGUUCUUAUUUGUCUGACGGUGUAUCACCUGCGACGUCCAUGGAUUCUCUGAGCCAAGUCGAUCCGCUGAGCCGCUCUCGCACAAAUCUCACGGAAGCAAGCAACAUGUCGCUUUCGGCGAUGCAGCAGGGUAUUCCACCCGUUGGUACCACCAUGACCUCUUUCGCUAAUGCACCGACUGGCGGAUCGAGCACCUCGUUGUUACCUCGGCGAUUCUUCGACGAUGCGCACGCUGUUCCUUUGACCUGGAAUACUAUGGUAGAAGACAUGCGACGCGCGGUGCAACGAUAUCGUGAGGUCGUCAGCGCUGGGGAGCGGUCAGAGUUCGUUCGCAAAGCUGAGGAUAUCUCCGACCACCUCCGUCUAUUGCUUGCUGCCGGCUCUGGAACGACGGACAACCACAGCGGCAACCCUUCCAUCAUUUCUACCAACAAGGCCCUUUACCCACACUUCAGAGAGAUGAUGUCACGCUUCUCCAAGUUGGUGCUGUCUUCGCACAUUGCCGCAGCAGACUUCCCUGCUCCAGACUCCACUCAGAAGUGCUUGCAUGAGGCUGAGGGUGUGCUCCAUGGGGUGUACGGCUUCGUUGAGGUCGCGCGCCAGCAGCGUGGCGAAGAGAUUCCCCGCCUGACGCCAGGCUUCGUUAUGGGCAGUAAGACUGCCGGUAAUUGGCAGAGCAACGGACUUGACCCGCGAGAUCGCAAUGGAUCCAUGUCCUUCAUGGACGAUGAGCACGACACCUCCACAGAACCCACUGCCACUCUUGACGCUGAACUUCUUUCGCGACUUGACGACCUCAAGCGGCUCAUUGUAUCCAGCAUUCGAAGACUCGACGAACAUCUCGUGCUGCGGGAUAAACUCAUCACACAUCACAAACACCGACAGAUUGGCGACGCGAUAUGCAGGUCUGGCACACAAGUGAUUGAGGUCUGUCGGCCAUACAUGUCCACGAUCGAGUCCGUCAACUUGCAACCACUUCAUUCACCGCUACAGACCCCUCAGCUGAACGACUUCGCCGAGCACAAGCAGAGGUUUUACGACUCCACUGCGGACCUCAUCGUCGCGUGCCAGAUUGUUGCAAGCCCACUUGGAGACGAAUGGGCAGAGAUCAGGGGACCAUCUCUUGAAGAGCGGUUGACUCGCCUGAAGUCUGUUGGCCGAGACCUGGACACUGCUACUAACCAGAUCUACUUCUCCCUACAACUCCUCUCAGAGCUGAUACCACACGACUCGAACAAGGAACACCGCCUCACAGAUGGAGGCGCGCCAUUCGAGCAGCAGGUGAAGAACAAGAACCACUUGCGACCAACUCUUGCGGACAUUGGCACAUCAAAGUCCUACUCCGAAGGCACAAACGCACCUCCACCAUCUGCGCGCAGUGCAGAAAGCUCCAACAGUUCGAAGGUCGAGCGCUUUUUUGGGCAGGUGCCUGCUGCCAACGCGCCAGGUCGCGACUCCGAAGAGAUGCCCGACUACUUGCGGCUGGACCACGAAGGUGAGAUUGCUUACGACAUCAAGGUAGAUCCACCGCAGCUGCGAGGAGGUACUCUGGUUGGUCUGGUGGAACAGCUGACGCGACACGACCGACUGGAUUCGCCCUUCAACAACACUUUCCUCCUGACGUAUCGGUCAUUCACCUCGGCGGAAGAGCUCUUUGAGCUACUCGUAAAGCGAUGGACGAUACAGCCCCUGUACGGCUUGACUGGACAAGAUAUGCAAACAUGGAUCGACAAGAAACAGAAGCCGAUCAGAUUCAGAGUGGUCAACAUUUUGAAGUCGUGGAUGGACAACUAUUGGAUGGAGGCGAACGACGAGGUCAGCCAGAAAUUGCUGCAGCGCGUUCACACUUUCGCAAAAGAUACUGUCCAGUCGACAAGCACACCUGGAGCUGUGCCUUUGAUCGCCGCGAUCGAGCAACGACUACGUGGCCAGGACUCGUCGAAUAAGCGACUAGUCCUUACAUUGAACUCACAAGCGCCGGCGCCGAUCAUACCGAAGAACAUGAAGAAGCUCAAGUUCUUAGACAUUGAUGCGCUGGAGUUCGCGCGACAGCUGACGAUAAUCGAAUCGAAGCUUUACGGAAAGAUCAAGCCCACGGAAUGCUUGAACAAGACCUGGCAGAAGAAGCUCGCGCCGGGAGAGGCAGAUCCAGCGGAGAACGUGAAGGCACUCAUCCUUCACUCUAACCAGCUUACAAACUGGGUCGCGCAGAUGAUUCUCACACAAGCCGACGUCAAGAGACGUGUUGUGGUCAUCAAGCACUUUGUCUCGAUCGCCGACAAGUGUCGAACACUCAACAACUUCUCUUGCCUGACAUCCAUUAUCUCUGCGCUAGGCUCGGCACCGAUCCAUCGACUGAAUAGGACGUGGUCUCAAGUCAAUGCUAGGACGACCGCGACACUGGAAUCGAUGCGCAAACUAAUGGGCUCCACGAAGAACUUCUUGGAGUACCGCGAAUCGCUACACAAGGCGAACCCGCCCUGCAUCCCAUUCUUCGGUAUCUACCUGACAGAUUUGACGUUCAUCGAAGACGGUAUUCCUGGCAUCAUCAAGAAGACACAAUUGAUCAACUUCGCCAAGCGAGCGAAGACCGCAGAGGUCAUCCGCGACAUCCAGCAGUACCAGAAUGUGCCGUAUGGACUACAGUCUGUGCCCGAGCUCCAGGACUACAUUCUUCGUAACAUGCAGAGUGCUGGAGACGUGCAUGAGAUGUACGAGCGCAGUCUGCAGGUAGAGCCGCGUGAGAGGGAGGAUGAGAAGAUCGCGAGAUUGUUGUCAGAAUCGGGUUUCUUGUAG